GCAUUCUUGUCAGCUCCUCCCCGGACGGGCAUAACGGUCCGCGCGCGGCUCCCCGGACCGGAAGUGGAGACGAACUGUCGCGGGGCGCGCCUGGCCUGGCUCACCGCCUGGCAGUCCCCGCUGUCGCCGCCGCCCUCGGCCACUACCGAGGGUUUCCGCAGCCGCCAUGUCCGCCAGUGCCGUCUACGUGCUGGACCUGAAGGGCAAGGUGCUCAUCUGCCGAAACUACCGCGGCGACGUGGACAUGUCAGAGGUGGAGCACUUCAUGCCCAUCCUGAUGGAGAAGGAGGAGGAAGGGAUGCUGUCACCCAUCCUGGCGCAUGGGGGAGUCCGCUUCAUGUGGAUAAAGCACAACAACCUGUAUCUGGUCGCCACCUCCAAGAAGAAUGCAUGCGUGUCGCUGGUGUUCUCCUUCCUCUAUAAGGUGGUGCAGGUAUUUUCAGAAUAUUUCAAGGAGCUGGAGGAGGAGAGCAUCCGCGACAACUUCGUCAUCAUCUACGAGCUGCUGGAUGAGCUCAUGGACUUCGGCUACCCCCAGACCACAGACAGCAAGAUCCUGCAGGAGUACAUCACUCAGGAGGGCCACAAGCUGGAAACGGGGGCCCCACGGCCCCCAGCCACCGUCACCAAUGCAGUGUCCUGGCGCUCCGAGGGCAUCAAGUACCGGAAGAACGAGGUGUUCUUGGACGUCAUUGAGUCCGUCAAUCUCCUGGGCAAAUACCCAGGAGUGGGAUUGCUGGGUCAUAUGGUCAGUGCCAACGGUAACGUCCUACGCAGUGAGAUCGUGGGCUCCAUCAAGAUGCGGGUCUUCCUGUCGGGCAUGCCCGAGCUGCGCCUGGGCCUCAAUGACAAGGUUCUCUUCGACAACACGGGCCGUGGCAAAAGCAAGUCCGUGGAGCUGGAGGAUGUGAAGUUCCACCAGUGUGUGCGGCUCUCACGCUUUGAGAACGACCGCACUAUCUCUUUCAUCCCACCGGAUGGCGAGUUUGAGCUCAUGUCCUACCGCCUCAACACCCAUGUCAAGCCCUUGAUCUGGAUCGAGUCCGUGAUUGAAAAGCACUCCCACAGCCGCAUCGAGUACAUGAUCAAGGCCAAGAGUCAGUUCAAGCGGCGGUCAACAGCCAACAACGUGGAGAUCCACAUCCCCGUGCCCAACGACGCCGACUCGCCCAAGUUCAAGACGACAGUGGGGAGCGUCAAGUGGGUCCCUGAGAACAGCGAGAUCGUGUGGUCCAUCAAGUCCUUCCCGAACAGUUUCAGUAGCCUUGAGAUCAUCUGGCCUUGAGAGGACUGAUAGAAUUUGGCUGUGUGACCGUCUGUAUCUGUGUUACUUUCUCUACCUCAUCUGUGGAAAUUAGGACAUUUAGAGUUUCUAUUUCUGUUGGAGUCAGUUUGGGUAAAUUGUAUUUUCCUACAAAAUUAUCCAUCCUAACCAGGUUUUCAGAUUUGUCUACACAGAGUUGUAGAAGAUGUUUCCCCUUCUUUUAUGACAAUUACUUCUUCCUUGUUAUAUCUUAUUUUGCAUAUUUGUGCCUUCUUUUUUCCUUAAUAAGGUUACCUGGUGGUUUGCAUUUUUUUUUUCCAGAUUCAUUUUUUGGUUUAUUUGUUGUAAUAGUUUUCAGUUUUAUAAGUCUUUAAUUUUAGUUUCUUCAUCCUUUCUUUAUUCUAGUUUUCAAGUUAGAUAUUUUAAUUUGAUUAUUUUGUUUUAAAAUUUGUAUUGAUGUAAAUGAAUAUGAAAGCCACAAAUGCUCCUCUGAACCCUGCCUUAGCUGUUUAGCCCGUAGAUCUGGCAUGUAAUAUUUGAUAUUAUUAUCUAGAAAUUCUGUAAUUGAAUAGAGAGUGUUUUUUUAUUUUGCUUUGUUUUGUCUAAAUUUCCUGGUCUAGGGGGCCUUUUCCAUUUUCUCUUCACUACAAAUUUGGUGCAUUGAGACCAGAGAAUGUUAUUCAUGCUGUUUCUACUUUUAGAAUUUAUUGGCGUGUUCAUUGUAUGCUCAUAUAAGAUCAGAGUCUGUGAAUAUCCCGUAUGUAGUUGAGAAGAAGAUAAGGCCUCUGUUAGUGGGGUAGAGAAUUUGACACAUGAGCCACGAGCUCGGCCAUGAUGCCACGACAGCACCAGCCAGACAGAGAGCUGGGUCAGCUAUGCCUUCCUCUGUUCCCUCUCAUCGCUUACAGCGUCUGCUUAACAAAAGUUGCUGUCAUGUGAUUUGGAGCAAAGAUGCUUCUAAUUAUUGUAUCCUCCCUAUGCAUCAUAGGACAGUAGCCCUUAGGAUUGUGGACUGUUGUCCUUUGCACCUGUAAUUCUUUGCCCUGAAUUCUCCCCUGUGGCAGCAGGCCUGCUCUAUUUUGUUUGACUUUGGCUGGCACACCUUCAACCAUUAUUUCUACUGGUUUAGCCUUUCUCACUCUGCUUUUAUAGUGUAGAGUUGGGUUUUAGUCUGUGAGCCAACCUCUAAGUCUUUCUCAUUAAGAGGAGAAGUAAACCCAUUUACAUGGACAUGACUGACACAAGGUAGGCUUGCAGACUUCCACCACCCCCCAGAGAGGGCCUCCCUCUUUUGCUUUCAUUUUCCACUUUGUUUUCAUAAGGCUCAGAUUUUCGGUCCGGUUAUUGUUUCGCACACAGGCUGAUGGAGCUGAUUUUAUUCCUAUGCUGCCUGCUUUGUCUGUUGAUGAGACCACAUUCAUCUCCCCUCGUUGUCCCAGAAUCUUCACUCAGCGCACAGCAGCAAGUCAGGCAGAGUCCACACUCCUGCACUGAUGAGCGGAGACGGACCGCUCGCUUCCUUGCCCAGGGAGGAGAGCCUGAGCCCAGCACUGGGGAGGCGUGGCUCUGCCGUGCUGUGCCCGGGGAGGCCGGGAGAAGCAGCCCUGGCGGGAGAAGCAGCCCUGGCCGGCAGUGACUCCUGUUGCCAGAGGCCUGGGGAUCAAAACCCUCCGUGUCCCGGGUGUGACGAGAGCUGUGCUCCCCACUGCUCCCUGCUGUUCUGGGCAAGAGUCACCGGGCACUUGGACAACCAGGCCAAGACUCCUGACUCCUCGUGGCCGAGUGGAGGGUUCCAGUCAUACCUGGCCCCGCUCCGAGCUCCAUCUCUGGAGUCGUUGCUCCGCUUCCGGGGCCAGGGUCACCCCCUUCGGGGGCAGGACCCAGGGCCAGCUCAUCAGUCCGCCCCCGACCUUGGUCUCUUACUUUUGUUGCCUCUCCCUGCUCUCUUUUCUUUGACAUUUCCCUCUUGCUGUCGCACACCUUCCUGACACUGGGCUGGGGGGGUGCUCACUUGGACGGUGGCCCGGGCAGGUGGGGCCCUCGUCCCGCAGCAGCCCGCACCUGCACUGUCUGUGCUCGCUCUCCCUCUCCCCUCUUCCUUCCCAAGGCCUGUUGGUCUAAUUUUCCUUGAAGCAGCUAGGCUUCUGUGCCUGACAACGUGUGAAACUUUCUCUUCAGCCUCAGAAUUCAACGGUUUUCCCCAGCAGGGCUGGGGGGGGCAGCCUGUGAGGCCUGGAGGA